GAAGUUUUUUUUUUAUUAUCAGCGUAAAAUCGUUUGCGUCACGAUUGUUGAGCUUCAACCGUGUCACAUCGUGUUUACGCGAGUCCAACUCUGACAGACGCCAAUUUCCCCGAAUAAACGUCUCAUGAAAGGACCAAGGUAUCGCGCGCGCAACGAAAACCGGCGUUCAUCAGCGCGUCAUCAGACUUCGAUAAUCGCGUCGCUCAGUUUCGAACGAGUCGCGCGAGACAUCGACGUCGCAUCUGUCGCUAUUUUCGCGAGCAGCAUACGUUUUUUCCCCGAAUGAACGUAAUAUUACUCGUAGAUUCGUAUAUACAUGGCGUAUUUUCAGCGCUUCGUCUCAUUGAUAUUUAAAGUUGACGUCUGGAGGACUGAUUAACAGGUAUAUAAGAAAUAAACUAAAGUAAAUAAAAAUGGAUUCCAAAGACAGUUCAGUAUCUGCAGACAAGACUGAUGUAUCUCAAUCGGAAGCUAUAAGCAACUCUAAAAGUAACGAUAAAACCUAUAUUGAGAAAGAAGAUAAAAGAUCUGAUAAACUGCCAUCCAAUGAAGAUACAGAGGUGUAUAAUGAAACAACUAAAGAAACAAUUACAAUAGCUUUUGAAAAAGAUAUAAUUUCAUCAAAUAUAACUGAUGAAAAUACUGCAGAAGUGCAUACUGAAACAAAUAAAGAAGUAAUAGUUUCUGCAAUAGUUUCUGAAAAAGAUGCUGCAACUCCAUCAAAUAUAGCUAAUGAAGAUAUUGCAGAAGUGCAUAGUGAAACAAAUAAAGAAAUAAUAACUGCAAUAGUUUCUGAAAAAGAUGCUGCAACUCCAUCAAAUAUAGCUAAUGAAAAUAUUGCAGAAGUGCAUAGUGAAACAAAUAAAGAAGUAACUACGAUAGCUUUUGAAAAUGAUGCAACUCUAUCAAAUAUAGCUAAUGAAGAUAUUGCAGUAGUGCAUAAUGAAACAAAUAAAGAAACAACUACGAUAACUUUUGAAAAUGAUGCAGCUCUAUCAAAUAUAGCUAAUGAAGAUAUAGCAGAAGUACAUAGUGAAACAAAUAAAGAAGCAACUACGAUAACUUUUGAAAACGAUGCAACUCUAUCAAAUAUAGCUAAUGAAGAUAUAAUUAAUAUUGCAGAAGUGCAUAAUGAAAUAAAUAAAGAAGUAACAGUUUCUGAAAAAGAUAUAAUUCCAUUAAAUAUAAAUACAGAUGAUUCUGCUUUACAAACUAUUGAAAAAGAUGGUAACAUAGGAAUUGAGGUGUUAUUAUCUGAAAAGAAUACUGAGAAUGUAAAAAUCAAAGAAAAUAUUGUAGUUGAAAGUUCUUGUAAAGAAAGUGAAUCUGUUAAUGUAGACAAGGAAACAACAGAGCUAAGUACACUCAAGACAGAAAAAUGUAACACGGAACAUCCGUUAAACUUUGAAGAUUCAUGUAAUAUAUCAGAUAAUACAGAAAAUGACAGUGCAAAAUUGACUAGUAUAAAUGAAACAUUAUUUAAAGACAAACCUGAAGAUUGUGAUGUUCCAGAUGAAUCAAGUGUUACAGAUGAUCUGCAAAUAUCUCAAAAGGAUGUUAAUCUGUCAAAAAAGGUAGAAUCAGAAUCUUCAGAUAGUAAUUUAGAAAAUCUUGAUAAAGAUCUAUCUGAAAAGAACAUUGAACCUGAAAAUACAGAGUUUGUACAAUUUUCUCACGACAAGCACGACGAUUCGCAAAUUGAAGGUCAAUCUAUAGAUGCCGAAGAUCCAUUUGGUGGUGAUAAUCUUACUUCUGAAAAUAUCGAACCAGUGGAAAAUGAUAAUCUGAUAAAUGAUCUUGCCGAGGAUGAGAUUAGUUUUAAAAACUUAUAUGAGCAAGGUGAUAAUUUACAGGAUGCAGUAAAUGCUAGAAACAAUGAUUCUAAUAAUGAUAAACUUAAUGAUUGCACAUCAAAUGACCCAAAAGAUACCAAUGUUAAUAAAGCUGUGGAUAACACUGUUGAAGAAUCAAAUGUACAAACCACUGAUUCUGUUGAAAGUGCAGCGAUGGACAUUGAUCUUCCAGAUUCAAAUAUAUCUGAAAUGGGAACAGAAAGUACAUCAUCUACAAAAUCACCCGUUAAACAAGUUGAACAGUCUAAAAAAGCUAUUGAAGAAAUUACACCAAUGGAAACAGAUGAGGAACAAACUGAUGUAUUACCAGGACAGGAUGACGAAUUAUGUAUUAUCCCAGAUAGUAUGAAAGUAAUAAUACCGAAUAAAUCAGGUAAAACAAUAGACAAUGAACAAAAUGAAUCUGUGCUUGAAAAGGAUGCUAAAGAUGAUGAAACAGUACAAAAAUGUAAUAAAUCUAAUUCUGAACUUGACAAAGAUGCUUCAAGCAAGGAUGAACCUAAGACAGCAGUUAUAGAAAAUAAAAAUAGUAGUGAAGAUAGUACAGUGGCUACUCAAAAUGAAUCAACGGUAGAAGUACAAACUGCAACAACAGAUAUUAUUAAUAUUGACGAUGAGUCAAAGAGCUCAGAAGUAGAAGAAAUCACUACUAAAGAAACAUGUAAGCAAUGCGGCGAAGAACGAACAUGUAAAAUUCGAGUGAAGAUUGGUACAGAGAACUAUCAUGUAUGCUCAAAAACAUGCAAGGCAUUGUUUAAAGCAGCAAAUAAUAAAACAGUAGAUAUACCGAGCCAAGGAGCUACCUCUAAACGAGAAAAACGUUGCGCAUCUUGUUUACUAAUUAUAGAAGCAAAUGACGAACGAAACCUUUCUUGGGAAACUAUGGAAUUUUGUAACGAGGAAUGUUUAGGAAAGUUUCAAAGAAAAUAUGGAAGUUAUUGUAAGAAUUGUAACGGUGCUGUCCAAGCUGUAAGUUUAGGCAAAUAUUGUGUGAGAUUUGGAUGCGAUGUAAGACAAUUUUGUUGUUCAACAUGUUUGGAGGAAUUUAAAAAAGGUUUGAAAGUAUGUAGUUAUUGUCAGAAAGACAUAAGUUUUAGCACAGACGGUUUUCUCGCACCAGUCGGAGAGAAAGGACAAUUUAAAGAUUUUUGCACUCAGGAUUGUAUGGAAAAAUAUUCGAAAUUGAAUUCUUCAGAACCUCCAACUACAGAAAAAAAAUCAUGUAGCGUCUGUCAAGAGGAAAAGCUUGUACAUUGCGAAGUUCAGAUAUAUAAUAGUACUCCGGUAGCUAUAUGUAGCGAGCCCUGUUUUGCUGCAUUUAAGUUUGUGAAACAAGUCAAACCUGAGCAAUGUUCUACUUGCAAGAAAUUUUUCGAGUUACCAAAUAAGCAACAUUUUAUUGUAUUUUAUGAUAAUGAGCCCCAUACGUUUUGUAAUAAGACAUGCUUGAAUAUAUUUAUCAUAACAAAUAGGAAAAUAGUUCCUUGUAAUUGGUGCAAAGUAAAAAAAUAUAACUUUGAUAUGAUUAAAAAGGAACUAAAAACAGGGCAGACUCUGAUGAUGUGCAGCUUAAAUUGUUUGACACUUUAUCAGGUUUCUAUUAAUGCAGUAUCUGCAAAACGAAUUAACUGUGAUUUUUGUAAAGAAUAUUCUUUAGCACAUUAUCAUCUCACAAUGUCGGAUGCGACAAUACGUAACUUUUGUUCAUAUAAUUGUGUCAUGAAUUUUCAAGCACAAUAUACUAAAUCCCCCAUAACUAUACCAUCGAGUGACGACCCCGUACCUACAGGAGUGCCCAAAAGAACCACGUUAUCACAAAAAAGCGCAAAUCAGAUCGUUCAAAAGCCCAGUGAAUUACAAAGUAAAAAGACUAUGCCAGUCAUCUCUUCAGUAACCAGUUUAGCCGCGAUAGGAAAUGGACAAGCAAGCCCAAACUCGCAACAAAAUAACAUGAUCAUACCUACGAACGCGAAUCAAUCGGCGCAAAUCAUUUAUAAGCAGCAAGUCAUUACUAGACCACCUAGUCCAGUGAAGAUUCAGAACAAAACGACUCAAUGCAAACCUUUAGUACACACGAAAGGAGUUUCCGUGCGUCCUCACCCUUGCACGAAAUGGACACAGACGAAGGAGAAAGUCCAACAAGUGAUCGUACCAAUACCAGUACCAAUUUACGUUCCGUUUCCGAUGCACAUGUACAGUAUGCCCUUUCCAGUUCCAAUGCCUUUUCCACUGCCCAUUCCCGUCCCUUUAUUCAUACCUACUACGAGAAAUAGCGCUCAAGGAAUUAUGAAAGAUAUUAAAAGAAUACAAGAAAAAAUACCGGCCGAUCCAUACGAAGCCGAACUCCUUAUGAUGGCGGAGAUGGUAGCUACUGAAAAGAAAACUAACGACAGUGAUUCAGACUCUGUGGAUGAUAGGGAAGGUGACACAGCUGACCAAGACAAUUUACAUAGUGAUGGUUUCAGUCCGGAAGCGGUUGAUUCCAAUAACGCGUUUGGGGAUGACAUGUUGCAAAUGGCAUUAAAAAUGGCAACAGGAGAAAUAGACGAGCCGGCAGUCGAUUUGGAAGCUGCUUUGACACCGAAUACGAUUACGGCUACGCAAGCACCGCCUCAGCCAGAGAACGCUGUGGAUAAUGAUGUGCAAUCAGAACGAUUAAUGGCUGCCUCUAGAGGAAGAAAACGUGUAAUGCCAUAUAAACCACGAUCAACACCGGCCAAACGAAUGAGACGCGUCUCUGGUACGAAUGACAUGCCAUUAAUGCCACCACCGGAACCACAGCCGCCUCCGCAGCCGCGUAUUAUGGAACCAAUGGAAAAACCUGACGCAAAUAUGGCGUUAAAAUAUACAUUUGGCGUAAAUGCAUGGAGACAAUGGGUAAUUGGAAAGAAUACUGAAUUAGAAAAACAGAUUACACCAAUGAGGAAAAUAAAGUUAUUCAAGACAGAUCUUUUACAACUUACCGCGGAUGAAUUAAAUUAUUCAUUAUGUCUUUUUGUGAAAGAAGUAAGAAAGCCGAACGGUGCAGAGUAUGCUCCUGAUACAAUAUAUUAUCUUUGCUUGGGAAUACAGCAGUACCUGUUUGAAAAUAACCGAAUUGAUAAUAUAUUCACAGACUCAUAUUAUGAGAAAUUUACAGACUGUUUAAACGAAAUAGCGAAAAAGUUCUCUGCAUUAUAUAAUGAAGCACAAUAUAUAGUGACUAGAGUGGAGGAAGAACAUUUAUGGGAAUGCAAGCAAUUAGGUGCUCAUUCUCCACACGUUUUAUUAAGCACACUUAUGUUUUUUAACACAAAACAUUUUAAUCUUGUGACAGUGGAAGAACAUAUGCAGCUUUCUUUUUCUCAUAUUAUGAAACAUUGGAAACGUAAUCCAGCUGCUCAACCUACAGCAAUGGCAGGAAAAGUUCCUAAUUCGAGGAAUGUCCUUCUUAGAUUUUAUCCACCGCAAUCAGCUCUUGAAGCUAAUUCAAGAAAAAAGAAGGUUUAUGAGCAACAAGAAAAUGAAGAAAAUCCAUUGAGAUGUCCUGUUAAGUUAUAUGAAUUUUAUUUAUCAAAAUGCCCUGAAAGUGUUAAGACGCGAAAUGAUGUCUUCUAUCUAUUGCCAGAACGCAGUUGUGUACCAGAUAGUCCAGUAUGGUAUUCAACAUCGCCCCUUGCAAAGGAACACCUCAUCAAAAUGUUAUAUCGUAUUAAAAUGGUUAAAGAAAUUAACGUAGCUUUAUUAACAAGUUAAUUUCAUAUAUUACAUUGAUCUCUUGUAUUGUUAAACAGUGAUUUAAGAAAGCAAGAAAUACAAUUAGCUAUUUUAACACUUUGACUGCCACCUUAAAGUUUGAGCUUAAUUCUGGGGUCUAUAAUGUUUUUACACUGUAUUAUUCACUUAAUCAUAAAGAUAAACUCUGAGGUUUGGUACAACUUAACAGAAAGAUUAUCUAGAAUUGAGAUCUGUGUGCUUGGUUUUUAUAAUAAAUUUAAAAAAAAAUAAUACGCUAGUCUAUAUGAUGAAAUGUUUUAGCUUUGUCCAUUAAAACACAAGCACGCGGAUCAAUGUAUAAAACCAUUCAAAGUGUUAAAAAAUAUGGUAAAAAAAUGAUAAAAAUAGAACAAAAAUGAUACAAUAUAGAAAUGUAGGAUUAAAUGAGUUUUCCAGUUUCUAUUGUAUAUUUUUCACUUCCUAAUAAAAAAAAUUUAU